CGGCAACCAUCCUUUAUCGCCAACUCCUCUCGAAUUUCUUUCACAUUGCAGAGCAUUGCCAGCUUCAAGUCAAAGACUAUAUAAAAGCUUUAGAUAUCUGCAAAUACACUGCCUUGUUAUAUCUACAAACUCACCUUAUCUGGGCUCUUUUUGCGCCCGAAACAGCUUCCGGCACCAACAAUCUCUAUAAAGAAAGGAAACGGAACAGACGAAGACAAUCACAAGCGCGCAAGGAUGGACUUUCUUCCAGACUCCAUCGCCCAACACCUCUCCACCACCUCCCUCUCCGCCAUCACCGCACACCUCAACGCAACGUACCUCACGCCCGCCCUCGCGCACGUCCGCGCCGCCUACAUCGAUCCCUACCUGGUCCGCCCGGCCGCGGGCUACCUAGCCUCCACAUCCUCCUCCAGCACGAUGCCCGACCUUACCACCGUGGUGUUAAUGCUGGUGAUUCUCUUCCUCUCGCUCAAGGUGCUCGACUACAUGCGCCGCGUCGUGAUGUUCUGGGUUGGACUGGUGUGGUGGUUGGCGUGGUGGGGGACAGUCAUUGGGGUCGGCAUCUGGCUGUAUAACAGCGGACUGGAGCGCGCGGCCAGCGAUGUUGGCUGGCUGGUCGGGCUCGUGCGGGGACUUCUAGGAGGGUUUUUAGAGGAUAUGGAUCGUGUUGGAGCACAGCAACGACAAACCAGGAUGGAUGGGGGGAUCUUUGGGGGCAAUAAUGCUGCGUUUGGUGGUGCGGGGAGGGGACAGCAGGUGAGGCUGGGGAGGUAUUGACGGCUUUUGUUUGGCUCUUUUCUUUCUUGGCCCAGGUGGAAGGUACUAUGUACGGUGCGAAUGGGAUCUGUUUGUGGAUUGGAGUACGCUUUGUUUAUAGUAUACUUCUACAUGCUUUUCCCUUCGUGCCCACCCUUGCCUUACUCUGGGUAGUUUUGAUACGAA